UCCUCCUCCUCCUCCUCCGCCCACGACUCCGCACUCGACCGCUUCAGCAUCGCCGGCAACGCCGUCAUCACAGGCGGCACCGGCGCCAUCGGGCUCGUCGUCGCCCGCGCGAUCCUGCAGCACGGCGCCUCGGGCCUGAUGCUGCUCGACCUCAACGUCGACGCCUCAUCAUCCCAGCUCGCCGUGCAGGCGCUCCGAGACGAGUUCCCGCAGGCUUCCAUCGCAGCUCGCUCCGUAGAUGUGACGGACGAAGAUGCCGUCAACGCAGCCAUUACGGAAGAAGCGGUUCAGUCCCUGGGCUCCGUCGACAUGCUCGUCUGCCUCGCGGGCAUCGUGUCCUGCUCGCACGCCCUGGACACGCCCAUUUCCACCUGGCGCAAGGUCCUCGACGUCAACACCACGGGGGCAUUCAUCUGCGCGCGCGCCGCCGCCCGCGCCAUGGUCUCGCAGGGCACGGGCGGGCGCAUCGUCCUGACGGCGUCGAUAUCCGCGCACAGGGUCAACUUCCCGCAGCCGCAGGCCGCGUACAACGUCAGCAAGGGGGCGCUGCUGAUGCUCAAGAGCUCGCUGGCGGCGGAGUGGGCGCGGUACGGCAUCACGGUUAAUAGCGUCAGCCCGGGGUACAUGGACACGGUGCUCAACGAGGGCGAGGGGCUGGCGGCCGCGAGGAGCAUCUGGAACGAGAGGAAUCCGAUGGGCAGGAUGGGGUUGCCGGAGGAGGUGGCUGGGGUGGUGGUGAUGAUGCUGAGCCGGGCGGGGAGUUAUCUGAACGGGGCGGAUGUUGUUGUUGAUGGAGGG